UGAGAUUUCGGCAUUUGGCCAAACUGAUCUUUGCUUAAGGAUAAGUUAUUGUUGAAGUCCUCUACAACCUUGUUUAUGCUUGUUACUUCUCUGCCUAAUAUUUGAACUCUUCAUCUCCAUAAAUGCUUGUUAGUUGUCACUUCUCUACCUAAUACUUGUUCAUCCUUGACCGAGUUGGGAUUAUUGUGGUUUUUGCUGUAAGAGCAUGAUCAUACUCUCUUAUAUAUGGUAAAAUGCCUAAAGGAUUAAUCAGGUUUUCCCUCUCGAACCUUUUGCAUACUAUCACACGUGAAAGCUACACUCAAAGUGAACUAUUUCAUUCCCAACAACAAAAAACACCAAUUUUCAAACAACUUUGCUCACUUAUACCCUAAGUGUAGGUAUCAAUUUGGAAAGGGGUAUAGCACUCAUUCACUCAGCACUUGGAGUAAACUUAAUGUAUGCUCUUUCUGUGGGUAAUCCAAUUCCAUUGAAAAAAAUCUCCAUCGCAGGGGCUUUUAGUAACUGCGAAAAAAUCAAUGAGGAUUAAUAUAUUAAACAAAAAGAUCAAAAUGCAUAACAUAGAAAUCAUGAGCAAGACUUGGAUUCAUUUAAGAUUCCAUGUUUUGUUGUGUUGUUAAUUUACUUUAUAAGCAUAUAUCUAAUGGAAUUAAAUAGUUACUCUUUUCUGGUUUUGAGUCAAUUGGUAUAUAUGUGAUUAGUUCGAGUCAGUUGUUUGUGUAUCCUAUUGUAUCUCGUGCUCAAUCCUUCAUGUAAUAGGCCUUUAAUGUCACCUUUUUUAGUGUUAUCGAUUGUGUUGGUUUUGUAGGGUGAAGCAGGGCUGUAUACUUGUAGUUGACUAAUUUAAAUAAUAACAAUAAGAGGACCACCCUGGAUCCAAAUCUUGAAUCCGCCCCUGAUGUGGCUCUAGGAUCUCAAGACAGUUUGCUAUGUUUAAAUUUCCACAAUGUACAACAAGGAUGAAGUUUCGUCAUUCAACAGGGUGAUAAUCCUCAAGCUAGGUUCAAGGGUUAAGAUCCUUCUAAGGUUUUAGGUCAUAUAUCGAAUCUGAUCUGAUCAGUAUUAUGGAGAAUGCCGAACCAUUUAGUUCCUCUACAGCACCUCUGACAUGGCAUGACUUCUUGGAGCGUAUGCGACAUCCAUCUGCCUCAGAAUUUGUUAAAGCUAUCAAAAGUUUCAUCGUAUCCUUCUCCAAUAAUCCACCUGAUCCUGAAAAGGACAGUGCAUCGGUGCAAGAGUUCCUUGCCAAUAUGGAAGCCGCUUUUCGUGCUCAUCCUCUUUGGGCAGGUCGGUCAGAAGAGGAGUUAGAUAGCGCCGGUGAAGGGCUGGAGAAAUACAUAAUGACGAAGUUAUUUACCCGUGUUUUUGCCACACACCCGGAUGACGUGAAGGUAGAUGACCAACUCUACGAGAAGCUGGCCUUAGUCCAGCAAUUUAUCCGGCCUGAGAACUUGGACAUUCAACCAACAUAUCAAAACGAAACAUCAUGGUUGCUUGCUCAGAAGGAGUUGCAAAAAAUCAAUAUCUACAAAGCACCAAGAGACAAACUCGUAUGCAUCCUCAGUUGCUGUAAAGUCAUCAACAACUUGCUGCUUAAUGCUUCGGUUGCUGCAAACGAAAACCCUCCUGGGGCCGAUGAGUUCCUUCCGGUCCUUAUCUACGUUACCAUAAAAGCAAACCCUCCUCAAUUGCAUUCAAAUUUGUUGUACAUUCAACGAUACAGACGUGAAUCCAGACUAGUUGGAGAAGCAGCCUAUUUCUUCACAAACAUGCUCUCAGCAGAAGCCUUCAUUAUGAACAUAGAUGGGAAAGCGUUGUCGAUGGAUGAAAUGGAGUUUCAGAAGAAUAUGGAAUCCGCUCAGACACUUAUUUACGGUUUAUCGGGUGAUUACGAUGGCGGUGAAAGCGUAUCAGAACCCAGACAGGUCAAAAGCCAUGAAAACAGUAGCGUUGCAGUUGAAUCAACAACUGAUGGUGCAAACUCAAAAGACCAACAGCAAGUGAACAAAAUCCCAUCAAUUUCAGAUUUGGAGAAUAAAGGGGCAAGUACACUAAUGAAAGAGGAAAGAGGGAUCGAAGAAUUUCGGAAAUUCCCGUACUUAUACUCGCGAACGGGUGAUCUGACGGUAGGUGAUGUAGAAGAGUUGCUAAAUAGCUAUAAGCAACUGGUGGUGAAGUAUGUUAGUCUUGCAAAAUCGAUCCAAUCCCGAAAUGAGGGUGAAAGUUUAGGUAAGGGGAAAGUAGAUGAUGUUAGAAUAGAGAGAGGUUCAGAUGGAGUUUUUACUGGAGAUUCGGAAUCAACAGAAGUCGUAUCUCGAGUAGAGGACACAGUUGAAUCGUAAGUUUUUCUCCUUUUCUCCCAGAUCAAAUCGUGGAUGGAUAGAAGCCAAAGAUUCGUGUGUUUUGUUAUGUUUUUUGUUUACUGUAAUGCCGUUUUCUGGAAGAAAUUGAGGUUAAUUUCAGGGAAUGAGAAUGGAAAUGCUGGAAUAGUUUCAUGA